CUCUUAACACAUUCACUCGCAUCAUGUAUAAGUUUCCAACGCACCCAGAUGCUUCUCCUAGCACUCCAAAUUUGCCCCCGCACAUUGAAAGUGAACUUUAUAAACGUCGUGCACGUUCUAAGGACAGUUUGAAUUUAAGUGAUGAUACUUAUUCCACAUAUUUCGAUUAUGACACAAUUUCUCAAGACAUAGAAUAUCAUUCGCAAAACGGGAGUGGUUUACUAAUAAUUGCUAAUCCAAGAAAUAGUCAAAAUACUGCUAGUUCCAAUCAAUCCAAUAAUGAGGUUAAAAAAUUACAAAUUGGAAUCGCCAGAGGGAUGUCUUUGGAUAACAUGGUUUGUUCAAGAUGUGGGGAUGGUUUUGAACCACAAGAAAAAAUUGUGAAUUCAACUGGAGAAUUGUGGCAUCAACAAUGUUUUGUUUGUGCCCAAUGUUUUCAAGAGUUUAAAGAUGGUAUUUUUUACGAAUUUGAAGGUCGUAAAUAUUGCGAACACGAUUUUCAAGUUUUAUUUGCGCCAUGUUGUGGAAAAUGUGGCGAAUUCAUCAUUGGACGUGUUAUUAAAGCGAUGAAUGCUAAUUGGCAUGUAAAAUGUUUCCUUUGUCACAUGUGCAAAAAGGAACUUGCUGAUACCGGUUUUAUACGAAAUGCAGGUCAAGCUCUUUGUCAUGAAUGCAAUGCAAAAGUUAAAGCUGAUAAACUUGGAAAAUAUGUUUGUCAUAAAUGCCAUGGGAUUAUUGAUGAUCAACCUUUAAAAUUCCGUGGGGAAGUUUACCACCCUUACCAUUUUAAUUGCACAAAUUGUGGAAUUGAGCUCGAUUCAAACGCAAGAGAAGUUCGGGGCAGACCUGGUUACACAGCAAAUGAAAUGAACGAAUUAUAUUGUUUGAGAUGUCACGAUAAGAUGGGAAUUCCAAUUUGUGGGGCAUGUAGACGUCCCAUCGAAGAAAGAGUCGUUACGGCUUUAGGAAAACAUUGGCAUGUUGAACAUUUCGUUUGUGCUAAAUGUGAAAAACCUUUCUUUGGUCAUCGCCAUUAUGAGAAAAAAGGUUUGGCAUAUUGCGAAACUCAUUAUCAUCAACUUUUUGGGAAUUUGUGUUUCGUUUGUAAUCAAGUUAUAGCUGGAGAUGUUUUUACGGCUUUAAAUAAAGCUUGGUGUGUUCAUCAUUUCGCUUGUUCAGUAUGCGACCAAAAAAUGAAUCAAAAAACGAAGUUCUUUGAGUACGAUCUGAAGCCUGUUUGUAAGAAAUGUUACGAUAAGUUCCCUUCAGAGUUAAAGAAGAGGUUAAGAAAACAACAUAAUGCUACACCACAAAGAAACGAACAGAAUUAAUUUAACUGUUAAUUUGUAAACUUUUUUUUUAAUUAAUUUUAUUAAUUUUUAAUGUAAAAUGUAUUAACGUUCGCUUCUUCAUAAAAUUUUAGUAAGAAUAUUUUUGCAGUGCCUUAACGUAUUCAAUUAGAAAUUGGUGCUAAUUUUAAUCAAUGUAAUUUUUUAACACUUUUAAUAAACAAAUUAUUGAAAAUA